AAAGGAGAGAGAAGUUCAUCACACUGCAUUCUCUUUUGGCAAAGCUUAAAAGAUGCUGCAUUUUUUUCUGUUUCUGCUCUUUUUUGGCCAGGUUGUUCAGAGCCUAAGAAUCUGCUCUUUCAACGUGAGAUCAUUUGGAGAAUCUAAGAGAAGAAACUCAGAAAUCAUAGAGGUUAUUGUAGAGAUUAUAUCUCGCUGUGAUAUCAUGCUACUAAUGGAAAUAAAGGACAACAGGAACAGAAUAUGCCCUUUUCUAUUAGAGAAACUAAAUGGACGGUCAGAACGAGCAUACAGUUAUGUGGUCAGUAACCGAUUAGGAAGAAGGCAUUACAAGGAGCAAUAUGCUUUUUUCUACAGGUUGGAUAGCGUCUGUGUGAAGCAAGUCUAUCAGUAUCCUGAUCUACAGCCAGGUGAUGAAGAUGCCUUUUCCAGAGAACCUUUUGUUGUUUUGUUCAACUCUCCAAGAACAGCGGUCAUGGAAUUUGUGAUCAUCCCAAUACACACAAUGCCUGAAAUGGCUGUACGAGAAAUCGAUGAACUCUACGAUGUGUUUCUGGAUGUCAAGUUGCGCUGGAACACUAAGAAUUUCAUAUUUAUGGGAGACUUCAAUGCUGGCUGUGACUAUGUGGCAAAGAAGCAGUGGAAAAAUAUCCGAUUACGAAAUCAGACUGACUUUGUUUGGAUAAUUGAUGAUAAAAGCGACACAACUGUGAAAUCAACAACACACUGCCCCUAUGACAGGAUUGUGCUCCAUGGAGAGAUGCUUAUAAAUACCACCACGCUGGGCUCAGCCAAAAUCUUUGAUUUUCAAAGUGCCUUCUCCAUGACUGAAGAACAGAUUCUUAUGAGCAAAGAUGCAGUGAGAGUGGAAGCAAGCAAGAAUUCCUAUUUCUAA